GCAAAUGUAAACACUGGCAAACAUGACUGACUGUAUCGCCGUUUCCUACUUAUGAAAUUAUAUGUAAAACAUAAGACAAUGGAGCGUGGAAGAAAAAGGAAACUAUCUCAAGAUGAAAGUGGGUCAUCACUUCAAGGCCGGAGCAGCGCCCCUGGAUCAAGACCCGCAUCUUUAGAAAACAUUCAAUGCAAGAAAGCUCGAACAGAUUCCGAUUCAAAGAGCCCCCAUCUCGGACAUCAGGCAGGGAGAGACGCAGCGCGUCUACCACCGGCAGCAGUACAAGCAGCAGCAGUAGCAGCAACAGCAGCAACAUCGCCAUUCGAACAAAUAGAACCGCCACAGUCACUAUUAAUAGUACUCCAGCCACAAGUAACACUUCAACUGCUAGUAAUAACCGCGUCCCCAGCAAUAAACCAACUACCAGUAAUAAACCAACUAUCAGCAAUAGCCCCACUACCAACAGUAAACUAGCUAUCAGCAAUAGCCCCACUACCAACAGUAAACUAGCUAUCAGCAAUAACCCCACUACCAACAGUAAACCAACCACCAACAACCCCACUACCAGCAAAAUACCUUCUACCAGCAAUAAACCCUCUACGAGCAGCAAACCUUCUCCCAGCAACAAACCUUCUACCAGCAACAAACCUGCCAGCAGUAAACCCACUACCAGCAACACCAAGCGGGAACUAAAGAAUUUGCAUGAUGCCUUGUCGUCUGAGCUAUCCCCGUUCAGGACGAGGUCACAUAGAGACGAACAGGGGACACCAAGCAAAAAAAGUAGGCGGCAAAUUCAAUUCCCUGAUGCUGAAACCAUGACGUCUAGUUCCAGUACUAGUUCUGGCUCCGGUGUUGGAUCAAGCGCUUCUUUAUAUUCAAGCACCAAGUCCAAAACUGAUUCAUCUUCGUUUUUAAGUUCCAACAGUGGAUCAUACACCUCAGGAGAAACAGGUAGCUCCACUACAGGGUAUACAUACUCCUCAACAGGGUCAUACACUACAUCAGGGGAAUCAGGAACGUCAGACUCCUCACAGGCAUCCGUCGACAAACAAAACCUACCGGGGACAAGUGGGACUAAAUAUCCAUCAAAAAUUAACAAAUUUCCCGUCAGCAAUACAAGGCUCUAAAUAUCC